AUGUCAUAUGAGGCAGACCUGCCAACUCUAACAACUCUGCCGUGAGUCUCACGAUUUUAACUUUUUCUCACAGCCACACGACAAGAUUCCCAAUGUCAUGGUUUUCUGAGAAAUAUCAUUCUAAAAUGAAAUAUUACCUUGUUGAAUAAAAACAGAAAUUUUGUGGGAAAUUCUUGUGCCUGGAUAAGCUUUGACUAUUUUAGCCAUGAAGUUGUCUCAGCCCAAAGAAAUGACUCUGCUGUAUGUUUCGUCCCAGUGAUGACCUAUUUUAAUGGCCUCUUAAAGUCAUCAAAGAAAAAGUGGCAUCUAAUUUGUUACAAGAGAGACCACACUAAAGCAAAGUUAUAUUAAAAUAGACAGUUAAUUCCCCUAAUGGAAAAGGAUUCGUUUAAUUUUGAUCGGGAAAAAAUAGAAUCUCACUUCUUUUUGUAGAAUCUUCCGAUUUUUUUCCAUGAGUCUCCAGAUUUUCCUUUAUCAGGGGUUGGCAGGGCUGUAUGAGGAGCUAAGCACAAUUCAAAUAAAAGGCGGAUUGUACCUCGAAUUGUAAGAAAUCAAUUAAGUAAAACAAGCUUUAUACAAACAAAAAUGAAAUGAGAAAAUACUGUAACUCAUUAAGUCCCCCGUUAAUACCCGCCAAGUGCUGAUAGGGCAAGACUCCCAAUCUCACGGUUUUCUGGGAAAGCAAAAGGCAUCUUAAAAGUAAUAAAAGGCUCGUAGGGCUCAGCCAAAUGUUACCAUAAUGGCGUCGAAAAGUAUGGAAAUAGGCCUUUUCUCCGAAACCCAUCCCAUUCCUUUGCGGCUAUUUUUAUUUGCGUUUACCUUACCUCCCCUACCCUGACCUGUUUCCUUGAUUGCCUUCUGAGCUCCUGAUGAGACAAGGCUUUCAACAUUUUGUUGAGAUAGGAUACUUUUUGUUUUAAAGGAUGAGCUCAUCAUAUUUUAUUAUCAUAGAGACCGGGGUAAGAUAAGUUAACAAUAAUAGACAGAGUAUUAUAGGUGGGUUACUCAUUUUUACAGCUAUCCCCAGAGGAAGAAAUAGAAAAAAGGAGCUGCCUGGCAGCCAUUGAAAUUGAGGAGAGGAGAAAGGAAAUUGAAAGAGAAGAGAAAGAGUUCAAAGGAAAAGAAGGAAGGUUAAAACAAAAA